GAAAGUUAUGGCCGAUUUCGUGUGGUCGCUGUCAAAAUCAAUGGUUAUUAAAAGUUAUGCCAAUUGAAGAAUGUCUUCACAUGCCUUGAGUGAGAUGCGGAUUAAGAAGUGUGGUGACUGCUGAUGUGGCCAAGGCAUGAACAAGUACCAGGUUCUCGGGGUCGUCGGGGAAGGAGCAUAUGGGGUAGUACUGAAGUGUAGAUUAAAAGAAAGUGGAGAGGUUGUUGCAAUAAAGAAGUUCAAAGACAGCGAAGAAAAUGAAGAUGUGCGUCGUACGACCCUCCGUGAGCUCAAGAUGCUGCGGGCUCUCAAGCAAGAGAACAUUGUGGAACUCCGAGAGGCCUUUCGCCGACGUGGAAAGCUAUACCUAGUCUUUGAAUAUGUAGAGAGAAAUAUGUUAGAAGUGCUAGAGGAGGCCCCAAAUGGGGUACCCUUGGAAAAAGUCAAAAGCUUUGUAUAUCAAUUAUGCAAGGCAAUUCAGUGGUGUCACCAGAGCGAUAUCAUACACAGAGAUAUCAAGCCGGAGAACCUGCUGAUAAGUAAAGAAGGCCAUUUGAAAAUCUGUGAUUUUGGUUUUGCGCGAAACCUUACGGGUACUGGUAGUGCAAACUACACUGACUAUGUGGCAACGAGAUGGUAUCGGUCACCAGAAUUACUGCUCGGUGCUGCGUAUGGGAAGGCAGUGGAUAUCUGGUCAAUAGGGUGCAUUCUGGGAGAAUUGGCAGACGGCCAGCCGCUGUUUCCCGGAGAGAGUGAGAUCGAUCAGCUCUACACGAUCCAGAAAAUCAUCGGCCCGCUACCUCCAGAACAGAUGAACAUGUUUUAUAACAACCCAAGAUUUUCAGGGCUCAGGUUUCCUGCCGUGACAACCCCGCAGACCAUCGAGAAGAGAUAUCAGGGAGUCCUCAGUGGGGUCGUUACUCACUUGAUCAAGAACACAUUGAUGCUGGACCCCCAUGAUCGUUACACAAUCGAGGAAUGCCUUAGCCACCCUUCGCUUCAGACGGAGGCUCUCAUUCAGAGGAAUCGCCCGCCUAGCAAAGUCAUUGAUACCAAGAAACGGAAGAACGAAGUGAAUGCAAACACGAUCGAAAACAUUAAUGGGAAUGCACCAACACCUGUUAACAGAGAGAACAACUCCCCAGUACAGAAUGGACACAUCGAAAAUGAGCUGCACAAACCCACACCCACAACAGAGGAUUAUUCGAAUAAACUGACUGAGAAUCUUGUUGGUUUAGAGAAUGAUUCUGCCCCUGCCCCUGUUGCCAAACCUGAAAUAUCUGUGCACACAAAUAAAUACAUCAAGGCGCAGAAAGACGUGACUAUAGUUCCUGGCAUGAAAACGUCUGGGUCAGCUGCACAGGCGUUACAACAAAUAACGCAACAGUCACCGUCGACUGAUAACAAAUUGAAUAUUCAUAUACCUCACGAAUCGGAUAACAUUCAGGUCUUAGGAAAUGACAAUUCUGAUAACAGGACUACUGUGCAUUUGGACCUUACAAAUAACUGUGUCAAAAUUUCUGCAACUGAAGUUAGGGGCCAAAAGCCAGAGCAGAAAUUUACUGAGGAAUAUAUGAAAAAUAAACCAGCAGGAAAUAUGCAUCAGCAGAACAUGUACCCGGAUACCAAUGCUCAGUACACUGGUACCUCGGGAAACCGGUCUAUCAAGGGCAACAGUGGGGAUGCAGAUAAUCGUAAGGUAAUGAAAAAUCAGGGAAAGAAGUGUGAUGAUGAAAAAACAGGGCACAGUUCACCAAGAGAGGAAGUGACUACUUCUGAGGAAAAAUCAAAUCGGUUUGUCAAACUUGGUUCUCAAAUUCCCACUCCACCAGCGCCGCACAGUGGUGGGAAUAGUAAACUUUCAAAAUCAAAUCAAGGCUCUGAUGUGUCAAUCCAAGGUACUGUUGAAGGGAAUAAGAUUUUUGAAAAUUCGUCUGGAAAUAAAAAUGUGCUAGAGUCAAAAGAACGUGGGUCGGGCGGUAGUCGCGCCAGGAAGCAAACCUCUCCUGAAAUUGGGGAGAUUGACACUCUAACUGCAGGACAGUUUGCCACGGAAAAUGUUGACAAUAAUUUUCUGAAAGGAAGUGACCGAAACAGAAAGCAGAAAGAUGGAAGUGAAGGAAGACGGGGGUCGGAGUCUGAUAGCCCCCGUCAGGACAGUGCUCAGCCUGAGAUUACAGGAAGCACACAAAAAAAUAUGAAAUUACCAAAGACUAUUGAUACAUAUGACCGUAGUCCAAGUGUGUUGCAAACAAAAUAUAAGAAAUCGCAUUCACGUGCGAGUGAUCAUUCGAAAAUUAGUGACGGGGUUAGCGAGGACAGUUAUAGUUAUCACCGUGGUGGUGACAAUUUCGAAGGUUCCCGCCACCUUGAUACCGGAAAACAAAAAGAUAGAAACAAAUUUCUCAGUGCCAUGAAACAGAAACUCCCGACAUCAGACAUCACGGAUGAUCCAGACCGUAUGAAUCCUGACGCGGCCGUCGACCCUAAACAAUUUAGUAAUUAUCUGUCAGAAAAUCGUCACCUCAGCAGCACGUUCUUAGACUUUAGGAGUGCAUCAAAAGUCAAGGUCAGUAAAAAAGAAAAGACAUUUGUGCGGCAUCAUAGUGUGAAAGACGACCAAAAAGAUGAUGGGGACCAAUCGGGGGGCUCGCCCGAUAUGACUUUGGUGUAUGGGGAUUCUGGCCGGUACGUCAAAAGGAACAAUAGCUUCCGGUUACGACGGCAGCAGGAAGAAGAUACAGAUAGCGAUGCGUCGCCGCGGGAUUAUGGGCAUGACAGCCAUCAUACACUUGGGAGAGGUGGGGCGUUCCCUUCGUCGCCUCAGCAGGGAAGUCCGCAGAUGGAACGGAGGAAUAAGUUGCUGCCUCAGUCACAGUCAAAUCACGAUGUUAAUAUCCUGGGAAAGAAAAAAACCCGGGAAGGUUCGGCGCCAACUAAAUCGGUCGCCGACAGACAUGCUGAGAUGAGGCAGCAGUAUGGUAUCGUAGGCAGACAGUCGCCCCCUACCAGUCGGAAGGAGAACAAAUUUGGUGGUGGUCCAUUUAGUCGAGAGAGGAGAGCAAAAAGUCAAUAUUAUGACCUUGGUUUGUAUCGAGAGGCGUCAUCGUUUAUCACAGCUAAUCCGACCGUCGCCGUCAAACCACACAACAAAUAUUCUCAGCAGACGUCCAUGUCGACUGUCCACCAAGAAUCAGAGCCAGCGCCAAGGAGAUUCGUACCGGAAAAUAAUUCCUGGAAAGGCAGUGAUAGCAAUGAAUGGCAAGGAGGCAGUUCGUCCAAGAAGAAGAAAAAGCGAAAGACAGUGCAACAGAUGGCAGCGACUGCAGACAACAACCCAGGGAAGAUGUCACCCUUUAAACCCCUCCAUUCGAACCAGUCAUCCAACACUGCCUACGAAGGAUCACAAUAUGGCAAAGAACCGUCUGCCUUCAGGGAACCAGCCUACAGAGAUAACCCAGCCUACAGGGAUGUCACCCAGUAUAACAAAAAUCCCAUACCGUUACGGAAACUUACCCAGACGCCAACUGAUAAGGCCACUCGACUCCAACCACUUCUAAAGCAGCUUCCUCACUUGGGAAAUAUUGCACCCACCACACCUUUCCCGUCCACCAACCCCGAGUCACCACGUACACAGCAUGGACAUACCAAGUCAGACCCCGUGGAGGUACACUCGACGCAUGUCUCCAAUUGGCCACAAAGGCCACCGUCGCCUGCAUACGAAAACGAGCGAUAUUCACCAACGGAUAAUCGGCGUGGAGAUCUAAAGCCGAUUAAAAGCAGUAAAGGGACUCGUGGAACAAGUUUUAGGGAGACACCAAUUUGAUGAUGAAAACCGCAGUUGUGGACAAUUCAGGGCGCAAGCUUCCCUCUUGCAAAUUUUAUAUCAUACUAACUGGGAUUUGCUCAGCGGAAAUUCUGCAGUUUACAACGAGCUUAACUGAGCUAGCUUUGGCGCCUUCACCAGAAUGUGCUUAUUAUUAAUAUUAGGUUCAGACCAUUUGGCUAAAGCAGGAAAUCACCGAGUUUGAUUCAUCUGGUGAAUAGUAUAGUUGGGGCUGUGGGCUAUUGGCCUGACCGUAGUCCUCAGAAGAGCAAGUACAAAAUUAAGAGGUAAUGGUAAGAGUAGAGGGAGGGGGAGGGGGGCAGUAGCCAAACAAUAUACCGCAAUGUGACAUUGUUGUUUUGAGAUGGAAUAUUUUGCUGAGACUAGUCACGUAACGGGUGUAAGUAGAAUAAUCAGGAGAUUUGUCUUGCAAUUUCUAUGGUUUUGAGUGCCCUUCAGGUUGAAAUUGGAGAUUUGAUAGUCAUAUAGUUAAGUGCCAUUUUUGAUACUUGCAAAAUGAAUUUGUAAAGUUCUUAGGAAGUUUUCAGUAUUUUAGUGUUUCUUGUUGUAGCUUUGAUAAAGAAAUGUUCACAUGUCCGUCCAUGUUCCUGUUGAAGCAGGUUGGGGGUGCCUCAAGUAAGAAACAGAAAAAUGUUGGUAGUUUACAGUGGUUUAUCAACUGUGGGGUUGUAUCAGUAGCCAUAACGGAACCCAGUUACUUUUCCGUCACAUGCAGAAAGCAGUGUUGGGUGCUUUAAUAUGAUAUUGUUAUGUUUUAGCUUGUCACUGGUGGCAUUUUGCCUACAUGUACAUGUACAUGAACCUUUCUAUUAGGGUCACCUCUUGGACUGACAAGUGCUUCCUUCAGAGAGAUGUCCAUGACCACUUCGGGACCAAAGUCAGGGUCUCUUAUGGAGAGGUGUCCUGAUAUAAACAGAGAUGUCUGCUAAGGGAGGUUCUAUUAUGCAAUGUGUAUGUUUGUAGGCAGGUACAGUGUAUCAUGUACCAGCUAAGAGUGGUCUUUAUAGAAACAAAAGAAGAUAUCUUAUACUGUCUAAAAUUUCUCUUUAUACAUAAAAAGACAUUAAGUAUCAAAUGACAACAAAUAAACUGGCAAUACUGACUCAGAAAAAAGUUGGGGCUGUUAACAAAAUUAAUCACUCAGAACAAAAUAAUCCAGGUUUUGGGAAGUUGGAUUAAAAUGUAUGCAUUUUGGUGCAAGGAGAUUGUUUACGAGAUUUGAAAUGCAACUAUGGGAUUACGGUGUAUGUUAUUUUUGUAAGUUAGUUUGUACAUGUGUAGAAGGCUUCCCAAGAGGCCAUGUUUAUUGGGUGGGGAUCUUUCAUAAUGUUAGAAA